AAAGCGGCCCGCGCGUAUUUCUCAGCUGCUAGCGACAAUUCUUAAAGCCCGUUGAGCCCCUCCAGCGCGCGCUGUUGUUGGCACUGUCACAUAUUAAUAACUGCUUUUAUCUGUUGUUGUUUUAAAUCGUGUUUUUAACUAGUCAAUUCCUUUGAUCAAAAUCGAACUUGAAAUGCCUACCAGGACCUCAUUGUCCCUGCCAGAGGAUGUCAAGGAACGGCUUCAGGUGUUGGAGGAAGGUGGAGACAGUUUGUCAGAUGAGGAGUGUGUAAAAGAAAAGCUCAGGUUACUGCAGGAGUUCCUGCUCGCUGAUACUCAGGACCAGCUCAAAAAUCUUGAGGACAAGUUAAAGAGCUCUGAGCUCUCCACGGAGGUUUACAUGUCAGAGGUGAAGGCUGUACUGAAGAAAGCUCUGGGAGUUGUCAAGGAGGGUGAUGGAGUGGAGCAGAAUGGACAUUCAAAUGGCCUCUCUAAAAAUGGAUCUCACAAAGACGAUGGCGAGCAGGAGGGAGCCAUGGACACUCAGGAGGAAGGAGACUCCAUAAAGUCUCCCAGUGCCCCGAAGGGAAGGGGUGGACGUCGCAGUAAAGCAGAUUCUGAGCCCAAGAAAUCUCCAGCCAGUUCCAGGGUUACGCGCAACUCUGGGAAGCAACAAACUAUCCUGUCAAUGUUUUCUAGAGUCCCAAAACGAAAGUCUGAUGAGCUGAAUGGGGAACCAGCAAAUGGAGAUGCAGAAAUUAAGACUGAAGAAACUAUCACUGAGGAGGUCCGUGAAGAGAAACGCCUUAAAACAGAAGAUGACAAGCCUGAAGCUGAGAAUGCUGCUAACCUGAAACCUGUGUCUACAGCAAAGACUCCUCCUCCGAAAUGUCCUGACUGCAGGCAGUAUCUGGAUGAUUCAGACCUAAAGUUCUUUCAAGGGGAUCCUGAUGAUGCUUUGGAUGAACCAGAGAUGUUAACUGAUGAGCGUCUCUCCCUCUUUGAUUCAAACGAGGAUGGUUUUGAAAGCUAUGAAGAUCUUCCUCAGCACAAGAUCACUAACUUCAGCGUGUAUGACAAGCGUGGUCAUCUGUGUCCAUUUGAUUCUGGCCUCAUUGAGAAAAAUGUGGAACUGUACUUUAGUUGUGCUGUAAAGCCCAUCUACGAUGACAACCCAUGCAUGGAUGGUGGGGUUCCUGCCAAAAAGCUUGGUCCCAUCAAUGCUUGGUGGAUCACUGGUUUUGAUGGUGGGGAGAAGGCUUUGAUUGGCUUCACGACAGCCUUUGCUGACUACAUCCUAAUGGACCCCAGUGAGGAGUACUCUGCUAUUUUUGCUCUGAUGCAGGAGAAGAUCUACAUGAGCAAAAUUGUGGUUGAAUUUCUUCAGAAAAACCAGGAUGCCACAUAUGAGGAUCUGCUUAACAAAAUAGAGACUACUGUCCCACCUGCAGGGCUUAACUUCAACCGUUUCACUGAAGACACACUCUUGCGACAUGCCCAGUUUGUGGUAGAGCAGGUCGAGAGCUACGAUGAGGCUGGAGACUCUGAUGAACAACCCAUUAUAAUCACUCCAUGUAUGCGUGACUUGAUCAAGCUGGCUGGUGUUACUUUGGGCAAGAGGAGAGCUGCCAGAAGACAAGCUGUCCGCCAUCCCACUAAGAUUGAGAAGGACAACAAGGGCCCGACUAAAGCCACCACCACUAAACUGGUCUACCUGAUCUUUGACACCUUCUUCUCUGAUCAGAUUGACCAGAAUAAUAAGGAUGGAGGUGUGAAGAGACAACGCUGUGGCGUCUGUGAGGUGUGUCAAGCUCCAGACUGCGGCAAGUGUUCAGCCUGUAAGGAUAUGAUCAAAUUUGGAGGCAGUGGCAGAAGUAAACAAGCUUGUCAGAAGAGGAGAUGUCCCAACCUGGCAGUGAAAGAAGCUGAAGAUGAUGAGAACAUGGAUGAGGAGGAUGUGUUGCCAGUUAAGGAUACAAAGAAAAUGUCUCAGACCAAGAAGAAGAAACAGACAAAGAAUAAGAUCAGCUGGGUUGGCGAGCCAUUGAAGACUGAGGGAAAGAAGGAAUAUUACAUGAAAGUGCGUGUGGAAAAUGAGGUGUUGGAGGUGGGAGAUUGUGUAUCUGUAAGCCCUGACGACCCAUCACAUCCUCUCUACCUGGCCAGGAUUACAGCAUUGUGGGAUGAUGGUGAAAAGAUGUUUCAUGCCCAUUGGUUCUGCCGUGGCACUGAUACAGUCCUUGGAGAGUCAUCAGACCCUCUCGAGCUCUUCCUAGUGGAUGAGUGUGAAGACAUGCAGCUAAGUUUUAUCCAUGGCAAAGUCAACGUCUUCUACAAGGCACCAUCUGAAAACUGGUACAUGGAGGGUGGAAUGGAUGAAGACAUCAAAGUGAUUGACGAUGAUGGUGAAAGCUUCUUUUAUCAGCUCCAGUAUGAGAGUGAAUGUGCUCGCUUUGAGACUCCUCCCAAAGUCACACCCUCUGAGGACUGCAAGUAUAAGUUUUGUGCUAGCUGCACCAGAAACAAGGAACAAGAGGCUGAGUCUGUACCCCAUGCUUAUGAGCCCUUAGAGGAUCAGGAGAGUGACUCCAAAGUCUUCUAUGGGUUGGUGAACUAUAAGGGGGAGCAGUACAAAGUAGGAGACAGUGUCUACCUACCACCUGAGGCCUUUAACUUUGUGGUAAAGGCUGCAAGCCCGGUGAAGCGUUCCCACAGAAAGGAUGACGUUGAUGAAGAUCUUUACCCUGAAUACUACAGGAAGUCCUCUGAUUACAUCAAAGGCUCAAAUCUGGAUGCUCCUCAGCCCUUCCGCAUUGGGCGCAUCAAAGAAAUCUUCUGCAACAAGCGCAGCAAUGGAAAGCCAGACACAACCGAGAUCAAACUGCGCCUCUAUAAAUUUUACAGACCUGAAAACACACAUAAGGGACCAAAGGGAGCCUAUCAUUCUGACAUAAACCAACUCUACUGGAGUGAUGAAGAGGCAACCGUCAGCAUGACUGAGGUGCUGACAUGCUGUCGUGUUGAGUAUGCAGAGGAUUUGGUUGAAAGUGUGCAGGAAUAUUCAAACAAAGGACCUGAUCGCUUCUAUUUUCUUGAGGCAUACAAUGCCAAAACCAAAAGCUUUGAGGAUCCUCCCAAUCAUGCUCGUUCUGCUGUGAAUAAGGGCAAAGGGAAGGGAAAGGGCAAAGGAAAAGGGAAAGGUAAAGCAGCGCCUCAGGAACCACAGGAUCAGGAGCCACAAGAGUCAUCAGUCCCCAAACUGCGCACUCUGGAUGUGUUCUCUGGUUGUGGUGGUCUGUCUGAGGGCUUCCAUCAAGCAGGCAUCUCAGAGACUCACUGGGCAAUAGAGAUGUGGGAUCCUGCUGCUCAGGCAUUCAGGUUGAACAAUCCAGGCACCACAGUCUUCACAGAGGACUGUAAUGUCCUGUUGAAGCUGGUAAUGUCUGGAGAGAAGACCAACUCUCUUGGACAGAAGCUGCCACAGAAGGGUGACGUGGAGAUGCUCUGUGGUGGGCCACCUUGCCAAGGCUUCAGUGGAAUGAACCGCUUCAACUCACGGACAUACUCCAAGUUCAAGAACUCUCUGGUUGUUUCUUAUCUGAGUUAUUGUGACUACUACAGACCCAAGUUCUUCCUGCUGGAGAACGUGAGGAACUUUGUGUCAUUUAAGCGCUCCAUGGUCCUGAAGCUCACACUGCGCUGUCUGGUGCGCAUGGGCUACCAGUGCACCUUUGGUGUGCUGCAGGCUGGACAGUAUGGGGUGGCCCAGACUCGACGCAGAGCGAUCAUCCUGGCUGCAGCCCCUGGUGAAAAGCUGCCCCGCUACCCUGAACCCUUGCACGUGUUUGCCCCACGAGCAUGUUCUCUUAGUGUGGCGGUUGAUGAGAAGAAAUAUGUCAGCAAUGUUACUCGUGGAAAUGGGGGCAUUUAUCGCACCAUCACAGUACGGGACACAAUGUCUGACCUUCCAGAGAUCCGUAACGGAGCCGCCGCACUGGAGAUUUCCUACAACGGCGAGCCACAGUCCUGGUUCCAGAGGCAAAUUCGAGGCUCUCAGUAUCAGCCCAUCCUCAGGGACCACAUCUGCAAGGACAUGAGUGCCCUGGUUGCUGCCCGCAUGCGUCACAUUCCUCUGGCUCCUGGUUCAGACUGGAGGGAUCUUCCUAAUAUUGAGGUGCGGUUGCGGGAUGGCACCACCACAAAGAAGCUUCGCUACACCCACUCUGACAAAAAGAAUGGCCGCAGUGGCACUGGUGCCCUGAGAGGAGUGUGUUCAUGUUCUGAAGGAAAACAGUGUGACCCUGCAGACAGGCAGUUCAACACCCUGAUUCCCUGGUGUCUGCCUCACACGGGUAACCGCCAUAAUCACUGGGCUGGUCUAUAUGGCCGCCUGGAAUGGGAUGGAUUCUUCAGCACUACAGUUACCAACCCUGAGCCAAUGGGAAAGCAGGGACGUGUCCUCCACCCUGAGCAGCACCGUGUGGUGAGUGUCAGGGAAUGUGCACGUUCUCAGGGCUUCCCAGACACCUAUCGCUUUUUUGGCAAUGUCCUAGACAAACACAGACAGGUUGGUAAUGCUGUGCCUCCACCCCUCUCCAAAGCCAUUGGCCUGGAGGUCAAGAAAUGUGUGCAAGAGAAAAUGAGGGAGAAUGCUACAGAGCCCGUGAAGCAGGAGAAAAUGGAGCUCUCUGACUAAAGCCAUCACUCUGUAAAACUGCAGCACAUUCUCAUUGUGUUUGGAGCCGUCUGAGCAUACUCCAUUUUAAACUCAUUUUGUUAUUCAUAAGCUGUUAUAGAGCUUGGCCACUUAUGUGGCAAUUCUAUGGACAGUCUGUGCAGUGCCAUUUGUGAUUGUUUUAUCAAUUUCUAAAUGUGAUUUUAACCAUGUAUUUGCAAUUAUCCACUCUAAGACAGUGGUUUAAAUUCUAUAUAGGUUUUUAUAUGUUGUAAUAUUUCAAAUAAAGCUCUUAUUAAAUGUU